ACCAACAAUCUAUUAUUCCCCCAAGCAACUUCCUUUGUCACUUUCAAUCUCUACACCAUACAAAUCUAUACAUACAACUCCCUCUGUAUCUAUCUAUUUUCCAUCACCCGUCGAUUGACGACUGUGCUCACAAAUCGAUCAGUAAUAUAUAUAAUGUCAGGGAGAGAUUUGAGGAGAAGGGUUACGGCGAUCAGCAACAGCAGAGCACCACCAAGACCAUCGCCAUCGCCUUCCCGCCGGAAAAUAAGACUUUCCGGUGGUUUGAGGCUGCGGAGACCGUCGGAAAACGUCAAGGAACUGAGGAGAAGCAAGUCGGAGCCGUCGCUCCCGAAAUCCGGCGCCGGGGAGGCUGCUAAUUCAGCGGCGGCGGCGUUGACGUUGGAUGAGGAGGAGGGAGUGCUUUAUCGGCUUCGGACAUGUACGGAUAUUUUCUCCUCGUCGCCGGAUAACUCGCUGCCCCGGUCUCCGGGGAAUCAUUCCGAGGGGUAUAACAAAGAUGCCAAGGUUGUGAUUAAUGUAACGGUGGAAGGAAGUCCUGGACCUAUUCGAACAAUGGUGAAAUUAGGAUCAAACGUCGAGGAUAUGAUAAAUCUUGUCGUUAAAAAGUACAAUGAAGAAGGAAGAACUCCUUUUCUCAAUAAUAACACAGCUUCAACAUUUCAAUUACACCACUCUUAUUUCAGUCUUGAAAGCUUCAGGAAGUCGGAUUUGAUCGGCGAAAUUGGGAGCAGAAGCUUUUACCUUCGCAAGUGCAACAGCAACAAUAGCAGUAAUUACAGCAUAACGGAUAAAACUUCAGCCUCGUCAAAUCAGCUGGAGAACUCAACAACAACUCUGCCUUUCUUUCCAAGUUUUGUGUAUCAAAAGAUGAAGAGAAUUAUCCGAAGAACAAAAAGAUUUUGGAAAAUUUUCGGCUGCAUUUCUUGAAUUGGAUAAUUGUAGUCCAUUUUUUUUUGUGGCGGAGUAACGUAAUAUUAUCAUGUUGCUCUGUCAAUUUUUUUCCUUCUUUGUUACCUCUUGUAAGUAUCAAUUGUUCAUAUAUGUGAUAGAUAUGUUAAUGCGCA